AUACACUUGUUUCAUUUAUUUAGCGCUCUCUUCUUUUUCAAAAUGUGUCCUAUCUGCAUAGAACCACAGAAUCGAACAGGUGACUCAGAAUUCUUCCUGGUGGGACUCUCAGAUGAUCCAGAACUGCAGCCUCUUCUGUUUGGGCUGUUCCUGUCCAUGUACCUGGUGACCGUGCUCGGGAACCUACUCAUUAUCCUGGCUGUCAUCUCUGACUCCCACCUCCACACACCUAUGUACUUCUUCCUUUCCAAUUUGUCCUUGGCUGACAUCAGUUUCAGCACCACUACAGUUCCCAAGAUGCUGCUGAACCUCCAGACACACAGCAAAUCCAUCACCUAUGCAGGCUGCCUAACUCAGGUUAGCUUUAUUUUUCUGUUUGGAUGUUUGGACAGUCUACUCCUGGCUGUGCUGGCCUAUGACCGGUUGGUGGCCAUUUGUCAGCCCCUACACUACCUGGUCAUCAUGAGCCCUCGCCUCUGUGGCUUGUUGGUCCUGCUGUCAUUUUUCAUCAGCCUUUUGGACUCCCAGCUGCACUACUUGAUGGUGUCACAACUUAGCUUCUGUGCAGAUGUGGAAAUCCCUUAUUUCUUUUGUGAACCUUCUCAACUCUUCAAACUUGCCUGUUCUGACACCUCCACCAAUGACAUAUUAAUCUAUUUUAUUGGAGCCAUCUUUGUUGGUGUCCCACUCUCAGGGAUCCUUUUCUCUUACUAUAGGAUUGUGUCCUCCAUUCUGAGAGUGCCAUCAUCAGGUUCAAAAUAUAAAGCCUUCUCCACCUGUGGCUCUCACUUGUCAGUUGUUUGCUUAUUUUAUGGAACAGGCCUUGGUGUGUACCUCAGUUCUGCUGUCUCAUCUUCCCCAAGGAAGGAUGCAGUGGCCUCUGUGAUGUACAGUGUGGUCACCCCCAUGCUGAACCCCUUCAUCUACAGCCUGAGGAACAGAGACAUCAAGAGUGCCCUAUGGAGGAUGAUCCGAAGAAUAGUCUGA